AUGAAGCUUAGCAGGGAAUUGAAUAAACAAUUUAUAAUUACAGAUCUCGGCGAACUAAAGUGCUACUUGGGAAUCAAUGUGCGCCGCAACAAGGCAGGGGAUUUCCUGGUUAGCCAAAGGAAGUACAUCAAUAAAAUCAUUGAGAAUGCGAGAUUAACAGAAGCCAAGGGAUCGAAUAUGCCAAUGGAUCCUGGAUACAUGAAAAUGAGAGACAUGACUCCAAACAUAUUUAACACCACCUACCAAAAGUUAAUUGGAUCACUACUGUAUUUAAGCGUUAAUACGAAACCAGAUAUAACCGCGCCCGUGGCCAUCUUAAGCCAACACAUAAAAGAUACGAAACAGCAAGAUUGGAAUGAAAUUCAACGUAUAAUACGUUAUCUAAAAAAUACUUCCGAGUACGAGCUAUUGUUAAGCGAUUCGACGGCAACCGAUAAACAACUACUGGGAUAUGCAGACGUGAAUUGGGCUGAAUCAAGAACCGACAGAAAAUCCAACAGCAGGUAUCUGUUCAAAUUCAUGGGCGGCACAAUAAGCUGGAGUUGCAAGGAGCAAGAUUGA